AUGCUAUCAGAGUGCAAUAUUUAUGUGCCAGUUUUACAAAACGCUAGUUUGGAUCUAGAAAACGAAUUUACCUCAAAUGGCAUGUUGUCAGAGUGCUCUUUAAAUGUGUCAACCAUACGAAAUGUUAGUACAGAGUUAGAAAAUGAAUCUGCCUCAAACAACAUGUGCAAUCUAUAUGUGCCAGUUAUACAGAACGUUAAUACAGAGCUACAAAAUGAAUCUGUCUCAAACGACAUGCUAUCAGAAUGGAUAUCUCCGAAUAAUAUGUUAAACUAUUCUAAUGAAGAUGAAAAUAAUGUAUCUAAGAAUCUCAAUCAAUCCUGCAAUGUGGAUAAUUCUAUGGAAAUUGAAAAUAACAGAAAUGAAGCAAAUCAUGAAAAAGCGAUGAAUGAUAUUGAUGUGGCAAAAUUAAUAAAAGAAUCUAAUAACAAUUUAAAACAGAGCUCGUUUGCGAUUAUUAGGGCGAUUUUUAAAAGCCAUCAAAAAAUUAAUAAAAAUGUCACAGAUUUUUUUAGUAUUUAUCAUCCAUCAAUAUAUGAUGACUGUAUUACAGCUGUGAAUCAAGUAGCAGGUUAUAACACAAGUACAAAAGUUUAUGCAGCUCCUUCCGUUGCAUCAAGAAUUGGCACUCUUAUAAAACAAAUAGGAAAUCUUGCUAUUGCUGAAUGCAUAAAACAGAAUAAAUUUCAAAAAAAAGUAGACAUAGAAAACUUUUUAAAGUUGCUACAAGAAGAUUUUGGCGUAUCUGUCAAUAAAACUGUUGAAGAAAGCAUAUUACAAGCUAAGCGCUAUCAAUUACAAGAAUUACCUCCGUUAGAAGAUAUAAAAUUAUUGCACAAUUUUUUACAAACUAAUAGGCGUUUGGCAUUUCAACGUCUCAGUGACACAUUUACUUAUGAUAACUGGCGGCAACUGGCACAAUUUACUCUAAUUUCGGUUCAAGUAUUUAAUAGACGAAGAGCCGGAGAAAUUGAACGCAUUUUUAUCGAUGAUUAUAAGCACCAAGAAGGUAUAAAUGAACAAACAAAUCCAGAUUUAUACGAAUCUUUAUCACCUGAAGCUCAAAAAGUAAGUUUGCAAUGCUUCUAUGUGUAAUCGUUUAACGGAAACUUGGGGCAGAAUGGGAUAGUGGGAUAAAUGAGACGGUACUAUUAUUUUCAUUGCACGGUGCCACAACCAUGCAGAAAACUUGUUACAAUCAAGAAAGUGGCCUCAAUCUUAUCACGACUGUUGAAGCACUUCACUAAUUUUCACGGUUGCGGCACCAUGCAAUGAAAGUAAUAGUAC